UAGAACAUCAAAUUGAUCGUUAAACAGGAUGUUAAAGCAAUAUUGGCCUUGCUGUUGCCCUCCUUCGCCUGCGGAUGCGUAGAGAACAACGACUUUGUCUCUCUACAGGAAAUCCUUGUGAGGAUGGAUGUAAAUGUUGGGGACUAUGAUGGCUACACUGCCAUGCACAGAGCUUGUAAAAUGGGUAAAAGUGAUAUGGUAAAGUAUUUACUGUAUAGUGGAGCAACAUGCCACCUGGAAAACCGCUUUGGCUGCACACCCCUGCACCUUGCCAUAAAAAACAAGCACUUUGACCUGAUUAAGAUUUUGAGACUGAAAGGGGCCAGCGUAACUCUAAAGCCUGUGCGAAUCGGCAUGGAUCUCAUCAAGGCAGUCCGAACUACAGACUAUCAACUUUUGCAUGCUUGGUAUUUAGCUGGAGUGAACAUGAACCAGGGUGAUUAUAAUAGACAGACUGCUUUACAUGUGGCAGUGAAGAAGAGGGACAAGGACAUGGUGGCCAAACUUCUUGAGUAUGGAGCUACCCCAUGGGUACAAUAAAUGUAGAUUAUGUAUAUUUUUAUUUCUGUCAACAUACUUUUCAAAAUCAAUACAUUCUUUCAGAUACUGCCUUUUACCAUUCUGAUUGAUUGCACUUAUAAGUCAUGCAAAUAUAAAAAAAAUCAAUAAUUGGCAACCUGUAACACGCAUAAUUUGUUUUCCCUUUCAGAAGAGGGAUGUGUGGGAAAGGACAGCAGCGG